CUUAUGUGAACAUCAGAAGGAAUUAUGUGCGGCUUUGUUUAAUUUUGAACGGACGCAAUGGUGUAUCAAUUACAAUUGAUCUUCUUCUGUGCUCCGUCAAUCAGAUGGAUUGCAUUAAUGCUGAACAGUUUCCUUCUAAUAGAAAGCUGUACCCCGGGCCACUUCAGUCGUUGUCCUGAUUGGGGUAGGUGUUCGGAAGACUGUGGUGGGGGGACUAGAUCACGGGUUUGUAAAUCGUGCGUCUGGAGAACAAAUAGGCGUUUCACCGAAAAUUGCAAUGAGUUCUGUCGAAAUGGUCACUCAUAUUAUGACGGGCGAUGUCAUUGUCCUAGCUGGAGAAGUGGGAGGUGUUGUGAAGAUUGCAGCAGAAAUUACAUCGCCCAUUGUCCCAGUUACGAACACCACUGUGGAGGAUCCCCGGAUGGUAUCCGUUGUGACAAAUGUUACGACCCGUAUUAUAGUUUGGGUUAUAACAGAGGUUGUGCGGUAUGUCCAUCAAUCGCCGAGUGUAAAUACCGAAGCUGCACAUCAUCCUACAAUGUAUACUGCAAGGAGUGUAACGACAACAAUGUAUUCUUCAAGCGAUACAACGGCGACAAAGAAUGCCAGCGGAUGUGUUCCUGGAACAACCACUAUUGUUGGCCAGGGAGCUGCAGAAAUGGUCUCACCAAGGACUGCUCGUGCGCAGCGGGGUUUACCAGUGUUUCAAAUUAUGCGGAAACGUCGUGUCAACCAAUUCAGAAACCAUCCAUCUUAACAUGUGACACUGUGGCGAUUGGACCAAAUGGUGAAAAGAAGACAGCAAUGUCAUCGAGCAAUUCAACCGAGUGUCAGUAUUUGCAAGAUAUAUAUGGAAAUUAUCAGCCGACGAUUAUGCAGUAUGAUUUGAGCACUGAAUACACAAUUGACAUUUCCAGCUAUUCGCGCCCUUCAUAUAUUGUUGAACAAAACUUCGGAAUAACGGACGUAACAGUAUAUAUGCAACGCCAAUCCGUAUCAGGUUCGCUCACUACUUUACCAACAAACAGACGACUUACAGAUGUAAAUUCGAGCCAGUCUGUUAGGAGCGCACAUUAUGAUUCACAUAAUUUUACGACUACAUACACACUCGCAAAUGGCCAGGCGUAA